CAUCUGAACUGAUUCAUUACUUCUACAUAUGUAUUUUCUUAACAAACAGAGCCUCCUCUAUUUUUGUCUUGUGCCAGCAUCUUAUUUUCAUUUAUAUGAACAAAGAUUUGUCUAUAAUAGUCCUGGACUGUAUAUACUAACGACACCGUGUUGUGUGAGUCAUUAAUAUUCGAUCUUCUUUGUAUUUAUAGAUGGACGACAGUGCGCAAAUUAACAGAAAAAUUGCGUUCUUCAGUGCUUUUGUAGUGGCAUAUUGUCCAUUGAUCAUAUAUCUAAGCAACUCUAGUCACCCUACAAGAUACUCAUUGUUAGAGAGAAAUAAAGAAAGAAUGGCAUAUCUACGGAAACUGUAUUGUGGCGAGGAGAAACACUGCAUUGGUGAAUUGCGCAUGGGAAAAUCAGUUUUCUUCAAACUUUGUGAUAAAUUACGCCGUAUGGGUCCACUUAAAGAUACAUGGCAUUGUACUGUAGAGGAGCAAGUUGCCAUGUUCCUCACUACAGUAGGGCAUCAUAAGAAAAAAAUCGACAUUAGUUUCCAUUUCACAAGGUCAGGUGAGACAGUGAGUCGUUACUUCAACAGAGUUUUAUUUGCAAUUGGGAAACUCGGGCCAGAAAUGCUUAGGCAUCGAACACUUGAUACACCAUCAAAAAUUCAAGGCAACCCACGAUUUGAUCCCUAUUUUAAGGACUGUAUUGGUGCUAUUGAUGGUACACAUGUUCCAUGUAACGUUCCACCUCGGAUAGUCGACAGAUUUCGUGGCAGGAAACCAUUCCCUACCCAAAAUGUUCUUGCGGCAGUUGACUUUGAUUUAUUGUUCACUUAUGUUUGUGCGGGCUGGGAGGGUUCGGCACACGAUUCAACUGUUUUAAGACAUUCUCUUGAGCAUCCAAAUGGCCUUAGAGUCCCUGAAGGUAAAUACUAUCUUGCGGAUGCGGGUUAUGCAGCUAGGAAAGGAUUCCUACCACCGUUCCGCCAAACUCGAUAUCAUUUGCGUGAAUGGAGGGGUAAUAAUAGACCUCGCACCCAGAAUGAGCUUUUCAACUUAAGGCACUCAUCCCUUCGUACUACUGUUGAAAGGGCAUUUGGAACUUUAAAGAACCGUUUCAAAGUUCUGACAACUAGGCCUUAUUAUCCCUUUCCUUCACAAGUUCGAGUCGUCAUAGCAUGUUGUAUCCUUCACAACUGGAUAUUACUAAACGGGGGUCCUGAUGAACUAGUCUACAGUGAGCAGAACUGGUUUGAGCAAUAUCCAAGAUCAGCUGGCCGUGUCCAACGGGUUUUACGUGAGGAACAAAGGGAGGUGCUUAGAGAUAGGGAUGCCAUGGCAGCCAAUAUGUGGAGAAAUAGGCAUAAUGUUAGACGUGGUUGAUUUUUUUCAAACUUUCUGUAUGAAUUUGUUGAUUCUAAGUUGUAUUAUCACUUAGAAGAACGACUUGUGUGUUUUCUUUCUUCAACUUGUAACCAUGAUUUCUUUCCCUUGGUACGAGUGCAAUGCGAUAUGCAUCUCAGAGGUGUUAUUCUGUCUAUGAAUUAUAAAAUUUAAUUGAUGCCACAGGGAUAUGGCGGGUAACAAUGUGGUGUGGCAGCCCCAAGUUGUAGAUGAAAUGCUACGUUACUACAAAGAGAAGAUUCAGUCUGAGGGAAAACAAUUUGUCUUCAAAGAGACACAUCAUGAGGAGUGUGCAAAACAAAUCAAUGCAAAGUUUACCACCGCCUUCACACAAAGGCAAGUUUAUCACAAGUUCCAUAAGCUGAAAGGUCAGUGGAAGAUCAUACUAGAGGCGAAGAAUUUAAGCGGUGCCAAUUUUGAUGAUGUCAACAAGAUAAUAUUAUAUGAUGAUACUGAAGUUGUACGGAUGAAGAACACCAAAGACAAGAGGGCAAAAUAUAUCAAUGUGCCUAUUGCCAACUUUGAUGAGAUGGAGUUCAUAUUUCAGGAUAAGCAUGCUACCGGAGAGUUCACUGUCCUUCAAACACCCUAUGACCGUGUUCAUGCUCGUGACAAGGAUUUUAUUGGUGACACCGAGAAGAAUGCGAUUGAUAUUGAGGUUGAUCCUGCAACACAAUAUGAUUCAGAUUGUCUUCCUGACGACACCAAUAAUGAAAGCUCAUCUUCAAAGCGUCCUAGAGGUGGCAAACGUGAUAAAGGUAAGAGGGUGAAGUGUGAGGAGAGUGUAGUUCAAGACAUGACGCGGUCUCUGCGUGAUAUGUCGGAUACUAUGCGUUUCACACACGUGACCAACCCGAAUGAGAAUUUAUUCAAAAUAAUUGAUGACAUGGAAGAAUACCCUCUAUUCGUCCGACUUUCACUGCAGACAUCUUUGGCCACCAAUGAACAAGUGGCAUCCAUGUUGAAGGGGAGGCCGAUGGCUGCUAUUCAAGAGUUUGUGCGGCGCUGGGUCCGUGAUAACUUUCCUGAACACGUUCAUGUUCCUCCUGGCGUGUGAUUCAUUUUACUGUAAAAGUUUAGGAUUAUUUUGUAUGUCUUCCAGCAUCGUCUCCUAGGGAAAUAAUGUCCAUGACUCAUGCUAGCAUGUAAUGAUGUCAGAGAGUUUUUCAUUCCUAAAAAAUAAGCUUGUUAGUCAGAUUAAUUCUUUAUCAGUCAGUGUGUUUACAGAG